AAAAGAGCUGGCAAGAGUAUAGAUAAGAUGGAAUCAUCUAAUUUUUCGAAGCAACUCUUGAAACAGGAAACUCACAUAUGGAAAUAUACUUUCGACGAUAAGCAUCUCCCUUUCACUAGUGAAAUUUCAUCUUUCAAAGAGAAGACUCAGGAAGAACUUAGAGGAGAUAGCAAAGGAGCCAUAUUGAAUUUAUCAGAAAGUGACGUCUUCAGAACUCUUAAGGAAGCUAAUUCUCCAGUGUUCAAUGUUGAUAAACUAGUUUACAAUGUCGUAAAGGACAAGUGGUUCAGAGUGCUUGACUUGAAGAUAGACGAACACUCGAACCCUACCUGGGUAUGCUUGGUCGAGAGAGACGGAGUAGAAACCAUUGAAUUAUCCACACAAGAAGAGUUUGAUCAAUACGAGAGUUCUCUGAAAUUAUUAGUUAGCAUCAACUUUCCUUCUGGAGCCACUACUAUUCUUGAAGUCAACCUGAAAAUAUACGAAAAGCUUGAAAUCGCACUGAAAUUUCCAUUUGAAGGAAUCGGUGCUUCAAUUAGUUUUUACAAGUUGUUUUUCGAUGGGAAAGAAAUUGACAUGAAAGCCUGCAUUGCCAGCAUCGAAGGAAUCCACAGAGGAGAUACUCUCUUAGCAUCUGAAGGACUUGGUAAGCCAUGCAAGUUUUCAAGAUUUUCUGAGGAAUUCUAUAAAUCUGAAUGGGACAUGAACCUUAAUUAUCAUGAUGCUAUUAUAUUCAUACCUCAAAAGGAUAUCAAGUUCUGUGGGUUUACAUCCUUCGCAGCCAGUGAUACUACAGAGUAUCCUUUCAGGUACCAAAUCAAUAUUGAUGGAGUCAUAGUGGAAAAGGAAGAGAAAAUAGCCACAGACUUUGAAGACAAGUACUACUGAAGACACAGACUUAAUUCAUUGUAUCCUGUCAAAGCAGGCCAGAAGAUAGAAAUUAUAGGCUGGACAGCCAAAGACUUCAGCAACUUGAGUGAUUACAUUUAUAUUUACUUUGGAAGUCAAGGUGAGAAAUACAAGGAGAUUCAGAACGAGCACAUGGGCUUAUUUGUCAUCGAAACUAAGGAUGAGAGAGGAAAUUGGACGAAUGUUUCAGAAGGCAAUUUUCCAGAAAUCUUAUACUAUUUAUAA